GAUAAUAUGACGCCACACUAAACGCCCAUAAACAUUCGUAACAGUUGUAAUAGGAAGAAUUUAAUUUUAUAUUGUCGGUAAUAAUUUACUAAAACUUAAAUUUUGAUAAGACGGAAGUAGAAAUAGGAUGAAAUAGUUUUUCAUUUAACAAAUAAUAAGAAUAAUUAUUUACAUUCAUACUAAACAAAAGGUAAGUUAUUUUUGUAAUAAAUUAACAAAUACAUGUUUUAGAUUAAAUUUAAUAUACAAUUAAAAUAAUUCAUGCACAUUAUGGGUACACGGUGUAACAAAUAGAGAGAAAAAAGUGUUGAUACUGUUGAUGAAUGCGUCACUGUUAUAGUUGAGAAUUUGAAAAAGUAGAAUAUAUUAAGUUAUUUAAUUUAUAUCUGUAAGCAAUGAUAAACGCUAAUUAACACAUUGACAGAUAUUACUGCUAUAGCAGCAAUAUGUAAAAUGUCAUAUUACGUCUAUGCUGCUGAAGCAGUAAUCUUUUCAAUGGUAUCAAAUCAUAGAAGACAGUGGACUGCCACAUUACGACAGUCCACACUGACAAUUUACAUAGAUUUUGGAUGUAGGUAUAGUACUACUAAUAUAACAGUAAAAAUUAUAUUACAAGUGUUCAAUGUGUUAAAAACGACUCUGCGAUGUUCGGUUAUACAUAUUUUUAGUAGACUGUGGUUAUUAUCUAUUAAAAAGGUUGUUUUUUACAUCAAUAAAUAAAUAAUUUUGCAUGAACAGUUCAAUACGUAUAUAUUAUACUAAAUUACAUGUAUAUAUAUAUAUAUAUAUUAGGGUGGUCCUUAGUUGUAGAAGAUAAAAAAAAAUAUUAUUGUUUUUAUUGCUGGACCCUCCCAUUUUUUUUUAUAAUCAUAUAAAAGUUAUAUGUAAAAAAAUUGAGCAUAAUUACUCAUCCCUUUCCCGUGCCCCAAGAGACUUAAAUAUAGGACAGAGGGUAACUACCCGUUAAACGGCUUUUUGUAUUUUAUUCGAAAACCAUAAGAUUUAUCAUAAAAAUGUAUUGAACUUAAAUUGUAGAAUAAAUUAAGUACUAUAAAAAAAUGUUUUUACAAAAUUUUCGUAAAUUUAUUAUGCUAUAUAAUAAAUAAUAAAAUAUAAAAUGUUUAAUUUAUUUGGGAAAAUUCAUCACCUUUUGAAAUUAUUUAUAUAUUAUUAUUAAAUUUGGUCUGAAAUAAUUAUUAUCAUGGGAAUAUUGUACAUACCUUUUAGUUAAUACCUAUUUUAUUGAGUCCAUUAACUCAGUUAUCUUAUCGAUAAUUCUCGGCAGUAAACUACCUACACUAAGGGACUGUAUGAAAGUUUUAUUUUUUAAUAUGCGAAUAGUGAAAAUGAAUUUGUCAGAAAGUGCAUAUUUAGCUAUUGAUGAAUGUAUCAUAUUCUGGAAAAAAGCACGAAUUCCAAUUAAAGAUCGAGCAGAUUGCAUGAAGAAAUUAAAAAAGUCGUAUGAAUUAUGGCGAAAUCUCGAAAAACAUAAAGAACGGAAAAGCGAAACAUAUACAUCUCAAAUUAAAGAGUUUGAAAAAAAAUUAGACAACUUAUUUGACAUAGCACAUGCAAAUGCAUUUAACAUAAUGAACAUUGAAAUUGAUAAAGAAUUUUUACGUUCACAAAGAAUGCCAGGUCGUCCAGGUUGUUUGCUAGGAGUUGACAUGCAACUUAUGAAAAAAGAAAAAAGACAAACUAUUAGAAAAAAUACAGAGGCAAGAAAACGACAAAAAUAUGAAGCUGAACUUUCAAAUAUUGAACAAGGUAAUUAUUACAAUUUUAAUACUGAAAAACAUUCAAAUACCUAUUGUAGCUAUCUAUUCAUUGAUCAUAUUAUAAAUUAUUUUACAAUUAUAUUAUAGUUGAAACACCGGCAUUCACUAGUUCCGAGGAAGAGGAGGACAUAGAAUGUAGUAUAAUUCAGAAUAUGUUUGAAGUUAGAAGACGUGGAUGAAUUUUUAAAUAAAGAACUACCUGUAAAUUUGUUAAGUUACAAGUCGUGUAAAAUAUUUAAAAGAUUCGGAAUAUCUUCGGAGUACCUAAAAAUGAACCCAACUAAGUGUAAUGACAAUCUUGCAUACCAGUCGGCAAAAAGGACAAUAGAUUCGUUACAAAUUGUUAAUGAUACAGCUGAAAGGGGAGUAAAGCUUAUGGAGGAUUUCAACGAUAAAUUUUCUAAAAAUGAAAACCAAAAACAAUUUUUACUUCAAGUGNAACCCAACUAAGUGGAAUGAUAAUCUUUGAACCCAACUAAGUGGAAUGAUAAUCUUGCAUACCAGUCGGCAAAAAGGACAAUAGAUUUGUUACAAAUCGUUAAUGAUACAGCUGAAAAGGGAGUAAAGCUUAUGAAGGAUUUCAACGAUAAAUUUUCUAAAAAUGAAAACCAAAAACAAUUUUUACUUCAAGUGGGUUACAAAAAAUUAUAUCUGUAAUAAAUGUAAUUUUAUAUAACUUAUCUUAUUAUGUAUUUAAUUUUAGGUUAUUCAAAAAUACAGAAAAACAUAUAAAAAUUGUACNAGACAAGUUUUGAAUACACCAUUUGAAGAUAAAACUACUUAGUACUUAGAAAUACACCUUAAACUAUUUCGUUUAUUAUUACAUAAAUAUUAUUAAUAUUAUAUAUUGAAACCACUGUAAAAAAAUUAAAUUUUGUGAAAAAACCAAAAGAAUUAAUUUUUAAGAGGGAAAUAUUAGAUUUACGAAAAAUGUUGUAAAUACAUUUUUUAUAGAAAAUAAUUUGUUCUACAAUUAUGGUUCAAUACAUUUUUAUGAUAAACCUAAUAUUUUUUGAAGAAAAUAUAAAAAACAAUUAAACUACCCUUUGGCUAAUAUUCAACCCUCUUGGGGCACGGGAAAGGGAUGAGUAGUUAUGCCCAAAUUUCUUCAAUAUAACUUUUAUAUGAUAAUAAAAAAAAAAUGGAGGGUCCAGCAAUAAAUUUCAAAGGUGUGAAAUUAAGGACCACCCUAAUAUAUAUAUUAUACUAAUAUGACUAAUAUGAAUAGUGUUCAUAAUACACUUAAUUGUCAUUAAAUUCUGUUUCACAUUCUGAUUCUGUAUUGUAUAUUGUUUCUGUGACAACAAUUUCAUUGUUUUCACUAUUAUUAUUUGAACCCCCAAUACAAAUAGAGAUAUUUUCUUCUUCAUAUCAUGCUAAAUUCUGUGUUGAACAAAGUAAAAAUCAUUCAAAGGAAAUAAGAUCAAGAUCUAAUUUUUGUGUAUUAUAUUCAAUGAGUGCAUUGUUAUACAAAUAUAGAUAUCUGGUUUUUCGUUUAAGAGUUUGACAUCUACAAAAUCAUAGGUGCGGGUGGUGCACAACUCUGGGGCACAAUACUUGAGUCAAAGGGCCCAUAGCUGUCAACAAAUGUUUUUUUCUUUCAUUUGUACAUUAAUUUGAUUUAUCAUAAUUUUAUUAUUAUCUUAAGUUUAGUUUCAUAUAAUAAAAAUAUAAAAACCUGAUCUGUUGUGACUUUGAGUCGUUUAUUUAAAAUAUAUAAGAGGAAAUUACUCAGCCUAGAGUGACAUAUAAAGACAUGAUUUGUUAAUUAUUAUAAGUAAUACCCAUAUCAAUGCGAUACUAAAAUGCACUGUUUAGCUAAAACUGUUAUUUCCUUUUUUACUGUAAAAUAUAUCAUUAUGUACUGUGUACCAUACCUACUAUCUAAUGCAUAUUAUUAUUACAUAGUAUAUAAUAUUAUACAUUAUUAUUCUUGUAUACAUAUAUUCAAUUAUGAAUCAAACAUUACUCAGUGGUGUAGCUAAAACAAAAAACAAAAAUCAACAAAUACAAUAUCUUUUAAAACCAAAUAAAAAAAAAAAUAUUUCUUUUGAAUGCAAUCAACAUGUUGGAGGUAAAUGGUUUCCACCAACACAUGUAGACAUAUUUUUAUAUUCAUAAUAGUUUUAAUCAUAAAUAAUAAAUGUAGUGUGAGGACUGGCUUAGAAAAUAUUGAAGGAUUAGUGUAGUGCUUUUUGUGGAGUCUCAAUAAACUUUUUUUUUACUUUUUCACCUUAUAUAUGAAUAUACUUACAGUAAAUUCUUCUAAGUCUGUUAAUUUUAAUUUGUAUUUUCUUAAAUAAUCUGUAAAAUACCUAUAUAUUUAGUCAUGAUUGUGACUAAACACAGAGCUUCUAAAAGCAUGGAGCUAUGUACAAGUGUACAGCUUGCAUCACCUUAAAGUCAGCCCUGAAUGUAGUUAGUAGGUAUCAUUAUUGAACAUUUAUUUGAAGAAAAAGCAUAAAAUCUUGAUUUUUUUUAAUAUUAAAAAUAUUAUUAAUCUUUAUUUUAAAUGUUAUAUUUGUAUAUUAUUGUAAAUCAUUUUUGUUCAAUCAAUAAUCUAAUCAUAUUAUAUUUUGAACUAUUUUUAAUGACAAUUUUGGUGCCUUAAAAAUGAAUAUUACUAAUUAUCCUACAAAUAAUAUUAAUGUGUGCAGCAAACAUUUUAUUAUAGAUAAUUUCUUACAAUUCAUAACAAGUUAUUAUUAUUAUUUAGAAUUAAUGCUCAAAUUAUGUAAAAUACCUACUAACUGUUAAAUUAGUAACAUAGGUAGGUACUUUAAUAUGGCUGUUAUGUAAUGGGUGUGAUUUUAACAAUUCCAUAGACUUCAUAGGAACAUAGAAACAGGUUUUCCUCUGAGAUCACUAGUUUUAAUCCUUUGGGGAACAUUGUUUUUGAAAAUUUUCUUGGAAAAUAUUAAAAGUUAGCACUCAUUAGAUAUAAAAAAGAAACAAAUUUAGGUGUUUUCACUAUAUCACAAUGCCUCAAAGGGUUAAGACACAUAGCAACGAUUUUUAAUAUUUUGAUAUUAUUUUCCACACAUCCAAAUUUAACAAUGUGGUUACAUUUCAUUAUAUGUAUAUCCUCAAUCUAUUUUCACUUAAAUCACCAAUAAAACUUAAAAUAUCAGUUUGCUCAACAACCGAAGUAAACAAUUUUUUUUUUUUUUUAUUCGAUUUCUAUUUGAGGUAGGUACUAUGAAAUCGAAUAAAAUAAAUUCAAUUAUUCAUAAAAAAACAAAUUAAAUUAGUAAUUGGAAUUGUGAGAUUGAUUGUUAUCAGUUAUCAGCAUAUACUGUGGCCUCCUUAGAAAAAGUAACUACAGCACCCUUAUAUUUGCAAAAUGUUCUUAUCAAAUUUUACCUGCCUACUGCAGGCGCCCAGUGGAUUAUUAGUUUAUCAUUAUUCAUUAUUAUUAUUAUACAAUAUUUUCAUUUUUGCAAUUAAUGUAAUCAAUAAAAAAAAUAUUUUAAAUAAUAUUACUAUAAUUAAUUGGAUAUUAUAAACAGCCUAUAGGGUAGGGAUGGGCGAUUCAGCCCCUUGAUCUCCUUGGUGAAUACGCCACUAGUUCCUAUAUUAUGUAGACAUUAUAUGUUAUGUAAAAUAAUUUGUUAAUUUUAAAGUAUGUCUGUUGUAGUCCAAUGGUACGUACCUUUUCUACCAGAAAUCUUGCUCCGUUGUAUCAAGUGUAGCACAUUUUCAGAAAACAAUUUUUUAUCUUCAUGGUAAUUUAUGGAAGUCAUUUUUUGAUUUUUUAAGUGGUUUUCAUAAUUUCUGGGAAAAAUCUGAAAAUAGAUACAAUACUAAACAAAUAUUAUUAAAGAAAAUAUAUAAUGCAUAUGCAAUUGUUUUACCAUACUAUGACAUAUAUAUUGUUGACAAAGCAUCACUAUCAACUGAACUCCUCUCAGAAUCGUUUUUUAGCAAUGGUUUAUAGUUGCUUACUGAUGUACAUUAAAUUACUUAUAAUAGUUAUAACAAUAGCUGCACCCCACCUCAUUAUUCUAGGAAGUGGUAUGGACUACAGAGGUGAUAAUUAUAUUUUGUAUCAAUUGCAAGUCAACAAAUUUCUUGAGAUAUAUAUAUAUCGAUAUAAAAUAAAAGAUAUUGAUAUAAUCAUUGUGGUAUACUUGUAUAAUCAAUCCAAUUUCUUCUAGCACUUUCUCACUCAAUAUUGGUUCUCUGUUUCCCUCUUUAAAUGCAGUCCAUUUAUAAAUAUGUGUUUGGAUGCCAUAGAGAGGUAAUGAACGUGAUUGUGGCACACACCGCUAUUUUUUCAGUGGUUAAUAUUUAUUAUUUUCCUUUUAAUGUCAUCCUUUUAACACAAUUAAAUCUAGUGAUUUUUUUAGAAUCUUUUCUGAUUUAUACUGUUUUUACAGUAUCAGUAUUUAUACAGUAUUUAUAAUUUAGUAUUAAUGUUUUAAAUACCUAUCUAGGUAUUUUUAUUUUAAUCAUAAACGAAUUGGAGGAUAUGGCGGUGAACAAUCCCACGGAAUUGGAUUCCAUUCCUGAUGAUUUUCUGGCAUUACGUAUAGCAAUGGAGAAAAAUUAUUUAGAAUAUUUUGUAACCAGAUUAAACAGAAUUGAUCCUGCUAAUAAAUUAAAAAUACUCAACCAGGUAAACUUGACUUUAAUAACUGUACAAUAAAUUAUAUUAUAAUGUUUGUUUGGUUUACUUUUUUUUUUCCAGAAAUUUGUUAAAGACGAUCAAUCAUUGACACUUCUGAUCUAUUCGAUUAUAAUUUACAGAUUUUUAAUCACAAGAUUACUAAUUGAUAAUGGUGUAGAUUUGAAUGCCAAAGGAAGUAUUAAAUUACCUAAUGAUUCAAUUGAUGAAGUUACACCUCUUUGGUGUGCAGCUAGUUAGUAUCUACAGUCAUUUUUAAACUUAUCUUGUUUGAUUUGAAAAAAAAAUUUAAGGGAAGGAAAAAAACAAUAAGUUCUAACUAAAACCUAAACCUAGUGAUAGAGGGAUCUUUUUAUUUUUUAAUAAUCAAUUUAAACUUUUAAAUUAAGGUGAAUUUGUUCACUAUUUAAAUUAUUUGUUGUCAGUUUUUUCAAUAUUUAAAAAAUAAUUACUAUCAGUCCUAUAAUUAUCAUUUAUUUUAAAAAUUAUAAUUAUCACUUUUGGAGAUUUCAGUAGGAAGUAUUGAACUCCCAAAUCCCCUAUUCUUCCAGAUAUAAUCUUGGCUAUACUCUUAUACGUUUGUAUAAUCUGAUGUACUAGUGAUAGACAUGUGGUGAUUUAAAACUUGGAUAAAAAUUUGAUUCAAAUCCAGAUUUGAAUAUCUGGAUAAUUGGAUAAUCGGGAUAUUCAGAUUUCAUGCCCAUUACUAGUGUAUGCCCCUAUAAUAUAACAGAAGUACAUUGAACUAACACUACACUGUAUACUCUUAUUGUAGUAAUUUAAUUACAUUUGUAACUAAAUUUAAAUAAAAAUAAUUAUUUAUUGAAAAAUUUCUGAUAGUGUGUCUUCUUUAAAUAUGUGCUCAGAAACUCAUUAAUUGUAUGUAUAAUUUUUUCUUAUCAUGUUUAUGUUUGCAGCAUGUGGAAAUAUUUCCAUAAUAAAAGUUCUCGUUCAAAGAGGUGCCGUUAUUAAUUUAUAUACAGAAUGCAAAUCAAAUCCAUUGAUAGCGGCAUGUUAUUAUGGAUCAAUAAAAUGUGUUGAAUAUUUGGUUAAUAACGGAGCUGAUAUUAAUGUAUGCAAUAAAAAUAAGAACUCCUGUCUUUCAAUCUCUUCUUAUAUUGGUAAAUUUAUUCUAAAAUUUUGAGCUUAUAUAAGGUGCUAUUAUUUUUAUUGCGAUUUUUUCUCUUGUUCAAUAUUUUGGGACUAUUUUAUUGUUUUAAAUAGUGUGUCCAUGAAAAUAUGAAAUAACUCUCAUUCAGUCAGUUUUUAAUUUAGUAUACAAGGUGUUAUAUCAAUAUGUAGAAUAGUUGAGUUAAAUAAAUAAAUUAUGUAUCAGAAAAAAUAAUUGUUCCAGUAGUCUACUUUCAGGUUUAGAAAAUUAAAUUUAAAAAUAUGAAUAAGGUACAGUGUUCCUGGUUUCUGAACAACACAAAUAAUAAAAUUAAGGGGAUAUGUGUAGUUGGAAAAUUGUACAAAAAGGGUAGUCCACGAGUUAAUUUUUCUAAUUUAAAUUAAAUAGGUAUUUAUACAAAUUUAAAAAUAAUUAUUCUUUUUUUAAACUUGACAUAGAAACAUUUUAUUUAAGUACCUUAAUUAAUAUAAUAUUUAAAAAAUAAAUUUAACUCAUACCUAUUUAUGUAAUAUUACUCUAGUCAUUAAAUUUGUAUUAUUUAUUGUUUGUAUAAGGUUCGGUUAGGUUAAUUAACAUUAUAUAAUACAUUAAUGCAGUAAUUACACACAUAUGGAUUUUUUAUUUACAGUAAUAAGAAAAUUGUAAUACAUUGAUAUCAUAUAUCAUUUAAUUUUCGGAUUUAUAAUAUUAGUUGGAUUGAAUUUGUGUAUAUCUUUUAAUAACAACGUGAAAUCUUAUACUUAAUUUAUGAUUCAAUAACUUCCUUUGCACAUAAAUAUUUAUUGAAUAAUUGUAUUACUAUUUUUAUACUAGGUUAUGAAAGUAUUGUACAAUUUUUGUUAAAUAAUGGUGCUGAUGUUGAUUCUCAGAACACAUGUGGAUUUACAGCAAUGCAUUUCGCUGUUAAAAAAAAUCGGCUCAAUAUUAUACGGUUACUUAUUUUAAAAGAGGCUAAACAAUUAAAAAAUAUUGAAUGUAUAGUAAUUUUUUAUUUGAACAAUUAUUAUAUGUGUAAAUAAAUUCAAUUUUUAAUUUAUUUAUUUUUCAAGUUAUGACUCCAAUUUUGAUCGCUGCGCAAAAUACUUUUAGUUCUAUUGUACAUUUUCUUGCCGAUUUCAAUUUGGAACAGGAAAAAAUUGAUGCAUAUGAAUUGCUUGGAGCAUCAUUUUUAAAUAGCAAAGAAAAUUAUAAUUUUGAACAGGGGUUUUCUGCUCUAUUGACAGCAAUGGAAAUGCGGUAAGAAAUUUUAAUAAAAUAUCUUAAAAUGCAAUGAUAGUUUGUGCUAUUAUCUAUAUUUAAAUUUUAAAUAAUUUAUUAUAGGUCCACACAUAAAAUAGAGAAACAGCCAUAUAAAAGAAUUGCUGCUUAUAAUAACCAAAUUGAAUGUAAAACUGUGCAAGAUUUAAUGUAUUUAAAAAAUGUUCAUGAAGCAUUACAUUAUGAAUCAUUGAUUAUAAGGUGAUAUAAUGUUAAUUUUUUGUAUAUAGGUACCUAAUGAUGAAAAUAUUAACACAACCAUAUUUACUAAAAAUGAAACAUGUUUGUAAAUGUCAUACUUAUUUUUUACUAGUGCAAUGCAUUUAAUCAACAUUAUAAAUCUAAAUAAAAUAUUAUAAAUAAAUUAUUUUGUGGUUUGUAGUUAUGCAAAAAUAUACAAAAUACAAUUUUUUUAUAUACAGGGUGUAACUGGACUAUUUGACAUUUUUGUAACUACAAUGUAAAAAUGUCAAAUAGUCCUGUUACAUCCUGUAAACUGAGUAGGUCAUGAAAAACAUUUUAAUAUUAACUAUCUAUUUGUUUUGAUUAACAGAUAAAAAUAUGCAAAUCCAUAAAAAUGAUAGCCCUAGUGAUACAUUAUAAUAGUAAUAAAUUAUUUAAAUAUAGUAAAUAAAUAUAUAAAUACAAAUAAACAAAUUUAUUAAUAAAAAUAAAAUAAAUUAAUUAAUGAAUGCGGCUCCUGGAGUAUUAUAAUAAGUGUAUUAAAUGACCACACCAGUUCGAAUUAAAAAUUGAUCAUCAGGUAUAUCACAGUCGAAAUGUAAACCGUGACUCAUACGAGGGCUAAUCAAAAAGUAUGAAGACUGGUAGUAUCAUUCGGAAAAGGAGCAUCGAAGAGCAGUAGGAUUGGUAUCACNUUCACUGAUAUUUUUGUAAAAUAUAUUUUUCGAGUUUGGCGAUUUUGUAAUAAACCCAAAAGAAGAGUAACUUGACAGAUUUGGAGAUUUUAGAAAAUUUUUCUGCAUUUUUUUCCAGUUUCAGAGGGGUGCAACAUUUCGUGGUUUUCGCCAUUAAAUGUCAAUUGAAAAACUGAAAAUGCGCCCUCGAGUGGCAGCAAGUUCCGCUUCUUUUGGAUUUAUUACGAAAUCGCCAAACGUGAAAAACAAAUUUUAGAAAAAUAUUGUCAAAUCAAAAUGAAGAAGUUUAUAGAGAUUGUAUACGAAUAGAUGUGCUCAGUAUAAGUCAUAAAACCUAGGUUUACAAAUCGUUUUGCUCUUCAACGAGUAAUAUUAUCAGUCUCGAUACUUUUUGAUUAGCCCUUGUACAUAAUAAGUCAUAUAAUACGCUUAUCAUAAUAUAUAUAAACUGUUUUAUUUAUAUAUUUAUUUACGAGUAUUAACUGUUUUACUUUAUUAUUUUAUUAUUUAAUAAAUUGGUUGUUUUUCUAACAAAAAUGAAUAAUAAAUAUCAUUGACAUUUUAUAUUUUUAUUAAAAACAAAUUUAUCAGUUUACAACACAUUAAAAUAAUUAUUAUAAUACGCAACCAGAUAAAAAAAAAAAAUAAUAAUACAUAUAGGUAUUGGAUGUUGUUAUAACAUAAUUUUUUUUUUAUUGGACUAAAACGAUUUAUAUGAAUUACGAAUUAAAUGAAUUGCUACCUGUAAUUUAUAAUUUAUUCAAUUUUUCUAGAGUUUUCUCCUCAAAUUUUAAAAACCGAGAUAAAACAUGGGGAAAUUAGGAAAAUCCAUACAACAUGAAACAACAUUUGUUUUUCUUUAUGCUUACAAGUUAACAUGCUUAAUGACAUAAAACUCAGUCUUGAUUUAAAAAAAAAUAAAUUACCAAAUAAGUCAAAUUUUGGCAUUUUAUUUUAACAUAUGAGCAACUUUAAUUUUUAAGAUUUAACAAUUAUAGUUUUUAAUUACUUAUUUACACUAUGUUAAUCUAUAAAAAAUGACUAAGUGUAAAACCAUAUUUAAAUGUUUUAUUUCGUCAUUUUAUGUAAAUGAAAAAUGUAUUAUUAUAUAGGGGCUGUGGAUUAUUGUCUAUAAUAUAUAAUAAAUAUAAAUAUAAAAUUAAUUUUUGUAAUAAAUUAAAACAUUAAUACUGAUUGUCAAAACUGGUAUCCAAACAAUAAUUAUUUUAAUUUGCAUACAAAAUUAGUAGUAUCAAUAAUAAAUGAAAUAAUAAUAAUUUAUUUAUUAAUACAAGCUCUAUAAAUCUAAUUUUGUUUUGUAUAUUAAGAGAACUAAUGAAAAUAGCUUGUGUUAUGUUAUCUUCUGAGAAAACUUAUUUUUGUAUGUAUUAUUUUAGAGAAAGAAUUUUAGGAGAAGAUAAACCAGAUUUAUUAUUGCCAUCAAUAAUAUACAGGGGUGACUGUUAUGCAGAUGUAGAUCAUUAUGAACCAUGUCUAAAACUUUGGUGUCAUGCUUUACAAUUAUCUCAGAAUAAUUGUUUCAGCGUUACUGUCGAUCUUCUACCAUUCAUUCAGGUAAACAUGAUUAAUAAUUAAAAUAAUUGUAUUGUUGAUGCAAUAAGAAGCAUGUUAUUUUAUGGUAGGUAUAAUGAAGUUUUUAUUAUUUUAUAAAAUAUUCUAGCAAUAUUUAAUUUACAAAAAUUGUGUAUAUUUUUGAAGUUCAUGUAUAAUAUGAUUUACUCAAUUAAUUUUAUAUUUUUAAUAAUCAUUUUAGUUUAAUUUCUUUAAUUCUGAAUAUCGAACUUACCUAUUUAGUUGUGUAAAUUGGUUCACCUCCAAAAUAGCCAAACUCCUGUAAUUUUUUUCCAUCAUAUUAAUCAUUCCAGAUUGAUUCUGCUCAUAUUUAAUUUUAUCCAAAAAUGGCUAUCUAUACCAUAUCAGUGUUCUAAGUGGGAUGGGUACAGUAAAGGUAUUCCAAGAGUUUUAUAAAGUGAGGCAGUUGAUUUGUAAUAUAAUGAUGAAUGAUAAAAAUUGCCUCAGUUGUCCAUCCUUAUUUCUGGGAACAUGCCUCUCUUAAAAUUGUUAUAGGAGUAGCCUAUCCAUUUCUUUGUUAUGUAUGUUUCUAAAUCCAUUUAGCAAUGAGCAGUCUUUAAAACCCUUAUUUAGUUUUGGUAUAUAAAUUUAAAUUUAAUUGUAAGAGAUAAUAUUUUGUGUUUCUACUUUUAAAUUUUAUUUAUUUAUAUAGGUGUUUUGUAAAAUGAUUAAAUCUGAAAUCAAUAUUGAACUAUUACAUUUAAAAAAUGUGUUGUUAUAUGCAGUAAAUGAAUCCUUAUAUUAUAAAUACAAAAUUGCUAAAAAUAUAGACAAAAAGGAAAUAGUGAAGGUACAAUAUAAAUUAAGAAAUAGUAAAUAAAUACAAUUUGAAAUACAUUUUUGUUUAUUUAAUUAGCAAAACAUGUAUGAAAAUAUGAAGAUUAUAAUGAGUUUAAUAAUUAUUAUCAGCAUAACACUAGAAAAGGAAUGCAAUUUAGAGCAUCCAAUAAAGCAAAAACUGUUGAAUAUUAUUACAAAAAUCAAUAAAAUGAAUCUCAGAUCGGAAAACAAUAUGACAUUACUUCACAUGUGUGUUAAAUGUGAUAUAACAUUGGACAAAUUUAUAACAACAAUUGUUUGGUAACUAAAGAUUAUUUACUUGUAAAUUAUAUACAAUUUUAUUCACAUAUAAAAUAUACGAGUUAAAUAAUGAUUUUUAAAAUAUCUUAAUAUGGCUGUAAACAAUUUGAUCAUCCCCUCCCCUUGAACUUAAAAUUGUAUUUGAUUUUUUUUGUUUUUAUCUACAAUUUAAAUUAAAUAACCAAUUUUCUUUUUUUAUUUGCAGGUUCCCUCAUUUUCUUUCUAUGAAAUUAUUAUUAACCUGUGGAGCAGAUGUUAAUGCUUUAGACAAUGAACAAAAUACACCACUUAACAACAUGGUUAAUUUUUUUAUAGAUUAGUAAGUGUUUGCAUUUUUAUUUUUAAAAAUAUGUUUUAUGUUUGAUGGAUAUUUAUUUAUUUUAAGUCCCUUUAUGCCUCAUGACAUGGAUUUAAAUUCUAAAAAAAUAAUUGAAGAGCUUUUGAAUGCUGGUACUCACACAGACAUUGUAAACAAAUCUGGAUGGAGUCCUCAUAGUUUUGACCUAACAAGUAAUGGUUUAUAUUUAUAGUUUUAAUUUACUGUAACAUUCUGUUUAUUUAAUUUACUAUUUUUUUUAGAUAUAUAUCCAUGUUUAAAGAUUUCUCCCAGGAAGUUGACAUGCCUUGCAGCUUGUACUUUAAAGUAUAAAACUAAAAAAGAAUAUUACUGUGAUAAACUUCCAGAAGCUGUACUCAAAUUUAUUGAUUUACAUUGAAUUAGUAAUUAUUAUGUUCUUGGUACACUAUUUGAUACAAAACAUAAUUUUAAUUAAAAUGGAAUUCAGAAGUAUAAUUGAAUAUAAUUCAAUUUUUAUGAUACACAAUUUUCUAAUAAUUAACUAGUUUGUGUUUAUUUUUAAUGUUUUAUAUUUUCUACUGUUUUGUACUGUCUUUUAGGAAAAAAAUACUUUAUAAUUUGUGACUGUUAUUUUAAUUUGAAUGUCAAAAUGUACACAAUGUAGGGUGGCCAUUGCAUUACAGAUAAAUGUUUAUAGCAUGACUACAGAGUAGCAGACAACCUAAUAAAUUUACUUCACUAUGGAAUUGUAUCAUCAUAAUUAAAUUUCCUAUUUAGAUUUUAAAUGCAUUUAUUAUAAAACUCAUUUUUAUUUCUGUAAAAACACUUUUUUUUUUUCUUUCUUUAAGAAUGCAUGCAUUUAAACUUGUAUUUAUUGUUUGAAUUUUAUUAUGUAAUAGAAUUAUUUUAGUGUAUACAUUAUGUUUUAAGCACAGCACUAAUAAUAAUAGAUUCGCGAAGUAAGCAAGUACUCCAAAAAUAUAAUAUAAAUUAUGUAAUACUUUAAAAUUAUAAUUUAAUUUUAUAUU